UUGCUUCUACCAUACUUAAUAUAAUACUUUUGUUUCCAUGUUGUCCAUUGUUCAUUUGUAAGUGGGAGACAAUCCCCAUACCUAUUUGGAAUAUUUUUCCUUUGUUUUCAAAUAAAUUUUAUUGAAAAGCAUCAGUUAUGUGGCAGAAACUGUAUUCACAAGAGAUUCAGCCUUUACCGAUGACGAGAUAUGGAACGGAGUUUCGGAAUAACAACAAAUUGUGGAAGAUGACGAUGAAAUAUGUACGUCAGGUUCUUUUCAUUGUUGGCGAUUGAAAGUAAAGAAUUUUGGCUGUCAGUUCCCUGAUUGCAGAGAGGUCACGUCGCCAAAGAAGGACGUAGUAGAGGGUUGUUUUUGUGUGAUGCUCAACAUAUUUAUUCCGGAAAUUUAAGUUGGAAGUAUGGCAGCUAUUCCGGUGAAGAAGAAAGUACAGGUUUCAUUUGUGAUUCGGGAUGAAAAGGAGCCAAUGCAUCGCUCAGGUGUCAAUUGCUUGCAGUACGAUGCGCAAACAGGUCGUCUCUUUUCUGGUGGCUCAGAUACCAUUAUACGAAUCUGGAAAUCACCUGAUCGUAAAGAUGGCAGCUUUCGGUUAACAAACAAAGAAGGGUCUUUUUGUGGUACCGAUGGCUGUUCAAUAAAUGGAAGGACAAAAGUUCGAUAUGAUCUUCACUUGCAAUCAAUGGAACAUCAUACUGACUGGGUUAACGAUAUAGUGCUUUGCUGUGGUGGCCGGAAUCUAAUUUCGGCUUCAAGCGAUACAACAGUAAAAGUUUGGAAUGCCCAGAAAGGCUUCUGUAUGUCAACGCUGCGGACGCAUCGAGAUUAUGUUCGUGCAUUGGCGUAUGCCCGAGAUGUUGAAAUGGUUGCAAGUGGUGGAUUUGAUCAGCUUAUUUAUUUGUGGGAUAUUGCUACAUUAACAAAGCUAACAGCAUUAAAUAAUACUGUUACAACAUCUUCGUUAAGUGGUAACAAGGAUAGCAUUUAUUCACUGGCAACAAACCCUUGUGGAACAGUCGUUAUUUCUGGCUCAACAGAAAAAGUACUUCGUGUAUUCGAUCCUCGUGCAUGUCAAAAACUGAUGAAGCUUCGUGGCCACACUGAUAAUGUUAAAGCAGUCGUAGUGAAUCGCGAUGGGACACAGUGCAUAUCAGCCAGCAGUGAUGGUGCUAUAAAGUUGUGGAGUAUUGGACAGCAAUGCUGCAUAUCAUCACUAAAAUGCCAUUCAGGGAGUGUUUGGGCAUUGCAAGUUGAUAGUAAUUUUUCAUAUGUAUAUUCUGGAGGACGGGACAAACAGGUCUUCCGCACGGCAGUUAACGAUUUUAAGACAGCAGAACUAAUGUUUAUUGAGGAUGCACCCGUACAGCGGUUGCAACUAACCGAUUCAGAAUCACGCUUUAUUUGGGCAGCUACCUGGAAUUCGUCAAUUAAACGGUGGUCAUUGCUUAGCGAUGCUCAAAUUUCAUUUGGGAUGAAGAGUGAUCAGUGUGGAGAAAUGGUUCCAUGCAUUCAUGAACCAGACAUCACCAUUCCAGGUGCUGCAAGCAUCAGGCAACAUGUUGUUUUAAAUGACAAAAGACAUAUUGUCACAAAAGAUACCGACGAUAAUGUGGCAAUGUGGGAUGUCCUGAAAGGAAGGAAGGUAUGUGAUCAUGGAAAGAGACCGAUGGAAGAAGUGAUCAAGGAUCAUUUUAAGAAAGUAUUUGUACCUUCAUGGUUCACAGUUGAUCUGAAAAGCGGUAUGCUACAAAUUACACUGGAUGAAUCGGACUUCUUUUCUGCCUGGGUGUCGGCAAAAGACGCUGGGUUUCCAAACAGUCAGAAUGAUACUAAAAUCAACUAUGGUGGUAUGUUGCUUCGAGCACUAUUUGAACACUGGUCACGGUCUUUUUCUGAUGUUGAUGAGGAAUCUCCAACUCAUCGAUUUAAUUCCGUACCUAGUCAUACGCCACUUAUUUUGUGUGAAUUAUCUGGUCGGCCAAUAUUUCGGCUGAUGAUACGGGAUGCGGCACAUGAAACUGAAUCGCAAAUGCUUUCGGACUUUGUUCCAGCUUGGGUGUUGGAUGUUGUUGAACGAAAUCAGCUUCCAAAAUUUAACAAAAUGCCAUUUUUCUUGCUUCCACAUCCAUCGCUUGGAAUCAAGGCGCCAAAGAAGGAUCGAUUAAGUGCAACAGAAAUGCUUCAAGUGAGAAAAGUGAUGGAACAUGUUUAUGAGAAAAUACUAAAUGUUAACGAUGCAAAUUACUCUGAGAAUGGUAUUCCAUCUGCUGCUCAAAUGUUACCGCCCUCUUUACAAGCAAACAUUGAAGAAAGGAUUGAACUUUAUUGCCAAGAUCAGAAACUGGAUCCAGAAAUGGACCUCCGAACUGUCAAGCAUUUUAUCUGGAAACAGGGUGGUGAUCUCAUGUUGUAUUAUAAACCUAUACGAUAGUAGUGGCUGUUGAAAAAUCACUCUUUUUUAAAAUUCAAUUUGCAGCAUAAUAAAGCCGGAAAGUCCAG